AUGCUUGAAUAUGAUGUUACUACAGCUAGAAGCUUGUUUUUAUCUACUUUUACCUCCUUAUUUGCUUCAGAUUAUUCCUUUUACAUCCAUAGAUUCAGCUUCCUGAAAGAACUUAUACCUCUUUCGAAGGCGAAAGAUGAAGGAUUGGUAAAAGAUAGAGUCAUCAAGAGUAUACCACCAAUAGAACAAUACAAAGCCCCGAAAUAUCCGAUUGUAUUAUGUCAUGGACUCUCUGGCUUCGAUAAACUGAUAUUGAUACCUUCGAUUUUCCAGUUAACGAAAAUGAUCAAAGCUAGCAUACUAUCCAACCAUUCAGACUCAUUUAUGCAAGAAGACGAUGACAAAGACAUUCAGUCUGACGCCUUAGUACACGUUGAUUACUGGAUAGGGGUUCGGGAAGCUUUGGAGGCAAGAGGUUGUACUGUAAUUACCGCCAAAGUACCAAGCUUCGGUAGCAUUGAAGAAAGAGCAAAGGUAUUAAAUUCCUUCAUUGAUACAGAAUUGGGCAAAGUCAAAAGGACUUUAGCCAAAGGAGACGUAUACAACACUAAUGAGGUUAACUCGAAAUCUUUCAAAAAGGAAGACAAGAUUAAGGUCAACCUUAUAGCACAUUCUAUGGGUGGAUUGGAUUGUAGAUACCUCAUCUCCCAUAUACCGAAUAAAAAUUUCGAAGUUUGCAGCCUAACUACGAUUUCUACGCCACACCAUGGCUCUGAAAUGGCUGAUUAUGUGGUAGGACUAUUCAGUGAUAUGACACAAACUUUUGAUGUCAAUACUAAAAAGAAGCUGUUACCUCCAGCUUUUUACCAAUUGACGACAACCUAUUGCUCACAUUUCAAUAAAAUAACGCCGGAUGACCCUAGCGUAGCUUACUUCAGUUAUGGCGCCUGUUUCAAACCGCGAUGGUAUAACAUGUUUUAUAUGUCAUGGUGCGUGAUAUCAAAUUUAUCUGGCGGAGUACCUAACGAUGGAAUGGUAAGCAUACAAAGUGCAAGAUGGGGCCGUUAUUUGGGGACGCUUGAGAACGUCGAUCACUCUGAUUUAAUAAACUGGAAAAAUCGAUUACAGAAAGAGUUUCAAUAUCGUCUGCAAGGUACUUUGAAGAAACCUCAAAACCCUGAUAUUGACAUUUUGCAUUUUUACCUUAAAGUCACAGAGAACCUUGCCAACUUAGGAUUUUAG